AUGGAGAGAAGAUCUGCCAAUAAUUCUAGCACCACCCAUUCCGGCGGUGCUUCUGGUAGAAAUGGAGGCGACGGACCAGAGAGAUACGGGCAAAGUGGGCGGUCACAUCUUGAUCCUACGGGUAAUAAGCCUAAACAAAACUCUGGUGGAAGCGCUGGUGGAUCGCGCGGUUCAGGGAGUCAUAAAAUUGACGACAGAGCGGCAGGGAAGAAGCCGAGGGCAAAUUACAACGACAGAGCCACUGCUUCCAUCGUAGAGAAGAAUGGCAACACCGAAACUGCGUCCAAGAAGCGUCAAACAAUCGUAACUUAG